CCCGGCAAAGCUUCGCCUUCGCUUGCGCGGCGGCGGUGGCCCGAAGGGACCGGCCGCCGGAGAGGUUCUUAAGAGAAGCCGAUUGGAAGCAUGAUGCUUUCCUUGAGGAACUUCGGGGGGCCGCUGCGUUGGUGACGAGUCCCUGUUUCCAUCCGAAGAGAAGAAGACAUCCUGAACCUACGAGCAGCAAUGCUGGUGAAGGAAUACCGGAUUUGUAUGCCUCUCACCACUGAAGAGUAUCGAGUCGGGCAGCUCUACACCAUCAGUAAGCACAGCCAUCAGGAGAGCGACCGAGGAGAAGGGGUGGAAGUGGUGAAAAACGAACCUCACGAAGACCCCGUCCAUGGCCCGGGCCAGUUCACCGAGAAGCGAGUCCACCUGUCCAGCAAAUUGCCUAGCUGGGCUCGGGCAGUAACACCACGAAUCUUCUAUAUCACUGAGAAAGCCUGGAACUAUUACCCGUAUACCAUCACAGAGUACACAUGCUCGUUUCUGCCCAAAUUUUCUAUCUACAUAGAGACCAAGUAUGAAGAUAAUUGCGGAAAUAGCACCAACAUAUUUCUCAAGGAAAAAAUGUUGGGAAACCAUGAGGUGAUGUUCUUGGACAUUGUUUUUGAUGAAAUCCCAGACCGCUACUACAGCAGCUUAGAGGAUCUCCGGUCCUUCUGUUCAGCUAAGACUGGUCGCGGGCCACUACAGGAAGGCUGGCGGGAACAUACACAACCCAUCAUGUGCUCUUACAAACUGGUGACGGUCAAAUUUGAAGUCUGGGGACUGCAAACACGGGUAGAACAAUUUGUCCAUAAGGUCAUUCGAGAUAUUUUACUCAUCGGGCAUCGCCAAGCCUUCGCCUGGGUGGACGAGUGGUCUGGCAUGACCAUGGAUGAAGUCCGCUUAUACGAGAAGGAGACCCAGCAGGCCACCAAUGACAUUGUGGGUGUCAUGACACCCACCAUCUCCAUCAGCGAAGUCCACCUGCCCCACAGCACUCAGAGCGCCCCCUCCAGUGCCCCCUCCACACCGCUCAGCGGAGAAGCCCCUGAUUUCCUCCAUGUGCCCAAGGACCGCCAGCGGAAAAAAUCCGCCCCAGAAAUGCUCUCGCUGCCAGUACUGCGGGAACGUUCCAACCUGGAGUAACAACUAUCUCAAGUCCCUCUUCCCAACCUUGCAGAGGAACUCCUGAAUUCAUUUCCACAGAAGAGGAUCCGGUGUCCUUGAUGUCUUUGUUUUUUUUCCCUAAAUUGCUCUUUAAUUCCAGGCUUGGCCUCGUGUCUGGCAAGAGAGAGAACUCCAGUUGAUGGAAGCCAUUGUUAAAUUGUAUGGGUGCCUUGGGAGAACUUGGGAGGUUCCCCCAGAUUUUGGAAGCAUCUCUAAGCCUUCUGAUCUGUUCCCAGGUCCUUCAACAUCACAUUCCUGGCCAUGUCUUUGCUGCCUUGGGUCAAAAGGGUUUUUUUUGGGGGGGGCGGGCAAUACCAUUGGACCAUUGCUUGGUCUUCUAGUCUACAUGGCUCAAUCAACAUAAAUUGGGGUCUCCCCCCCUUCAGUGUGUGUGUGGGAAAAGCAUUGGGCAUGGCUCUGUUGCAGAUGGAGACCUGGUCAACAUAAAUUCCGUGCCCCAAAAAAUCCAUCCUAGAAAUAGAUCUGUAACCUCAUUAAAUUGCAUUUUCUAGCCUCCUUUGACAGGGACCCGGUGGCUCAGAUGCUGAGCUUGUCAAUCGAAAGGCCGGCAGUUCAGCGGUUCGAAUCCCUAGCACCGCGUAACUGGGUGAGCUCCCGUUCCUUGUCCCAGCUUCUGCCAACCUAGCAGUUCGAAAGCAGGUAAAAAAUGCAAGUAGAAAAAUAGGGAAGGUAACAGCGUUCCGUGCGCCUUUGGCGUUGAGUCAUGCUGGCCACAUGACCACGGAGACAUCUUCGGACAGCGCUGGCUCUUCAGCUUUGAAACGGAGAUGAGCACCGUCCCCUAGAGUCAGGAACGACUAGCAUAUAUGUCUGAGGGGAACUUUUACCUUUUACUGUUUGCCAGACAAGAGGAAAUUGUCAAAGAGAAAGAGGACAUCAAAGGAAGAUGGGCAGCCCCAACCAUCACUUCUUCAGGUUGGCUGUUUUUGUGGGCCCCAACAAUUUACCUUUGAUUUGCCUCCUCCCCCCACCCCAAUUUAAAGCAAAGCCAAGGGAAAAGGCAUGUUCGCCUUUCUUUGCUAAUUGUACACAGUUAAGCCACUUGGCUAAAUGCUUUCCUGCUGUUUCAAGCAGUCAAAAACUUAGUUUCGUUCCUUUUGCAUGCUGGUCAGCUGCAUGUUACCAUUAAGAGUCAUGGUGGUGCAGUGGUAAGACUGCAGAAUUGCAGGCUGACUCUGCCCACUACCAGGAGUUCAAUCCUGACCGACGCGAGGUUUGACUCAGCCUUCCAUCCUUCUGAGGUUGGUAAAAUGAGAACCCAGAUUGUUGGUGGCAAUAAUCUGACUCUGUAAAACUGCUUAGAGAGGGCUCUAAGUGCUAUAAGUCUAAGCGCUAUUGCUAUUUGACAAUAACAGUCACAAGUCAAGAAUUUGCCAAUCAAACAUCUGAAACCCAAGUAAGUAUUGCAGGCUCAGCCGGCAAAGAAUAACUCAAGACCAUGUUGGUUGGAAACGUGCAGAAGAGGCCUUCAUCCUGCAGACAAUAGCUAGAAUGAUGAUGAUGAUGAUCUAGAACCCAUUCACCAAUCUGGGUUGCAUAAUGACAUAUUUCUGGUUCUUGGGCGAGCAGAGAUUGCAAAGCGAUAUUAGCCAUAUCGCUGGGUUAUUUCAGAACAGGAAUAGGCGAGCGAGGUUCUCCAGAUAUUUUGGACGACAACGAACAAUUGGUUGACAUUGGCUGAAGUUGAUGGGAGUUGAAAGCCCAGACGUCUGCAGGUGCCAUCCUGUCCCUUGCUUUGGAAGUUGGGUCUUGGUAGGUAUUUGAGAAGACCUGGGAAGUGCCUCUUUUCAUUCGUGGCCUAGCACCUCCAGAGAGAAUCCAGAAAAACCAAUCUGAAGAACUUCCAUAGAUGGCAGAAAAAUGCAACUGGACAUGAAACGUUUGGGUCUAGUCCCAAAACGAUGCAGAAAGGAUUCCUCCCGAUCGUUCUGCAGCCUGAACUCAAGUCGUUCCUUGCUAACUAGCACUUCUCAGGUGGAUGAGAAUCCCAACAGCCAGAUCUUCAACUAAGGUGUCUUAAAUUUGUGGGAUUCUCUCGGGUCUCUUGGAGACUUCUCCAACACCAUACAGGCCUAUAAAAGCAUCCUCUUGAGUCUUCGGCAAUUUGAAUCAUCAGGUUUAUAUUCCCAUGGCAACUGAUGGCCUCUUUUCUCUAUGGCUCGGGAUCUCUUCACAGCAAAGGUACCUUCUGGAGGUCCAUCCGUAGGACCAAAGCAUAAUGCCUUGUGGCCCACUUUCCCACCAUCGCUAACUGCCCUUACUGGGAAUGGGGCCUCUGCUGUCCCCAAUUCCAUGGACCAUUGGCCUUUCUAGUCUUUGUACAAGCACAAUUUGUAUUUGCACUGUUGUGCAGGGAUAGUCCUGCCUCCUUUUUCUUCUGCUUAAGCAUUGAUUCUAUGUUUAUGUUGGUGGGUUUGCAUUUUCUUCCUCUUCUCUUCCCUCCCCUGUAAGCAAGCUGAGAAGUUGUAUCUUCAGUCCACAAAAAUAGGGAAGGAUUCUAGAGGCAAACAGGACAAUAAAACAUUCAGAAAAAAGUUGGCACAGUUGAUUAAUCCACAACUGAGAAGCAAGAACUUGGUGUCUGAAGUUCUCAUGUACGUUUCUGGAUUCCACUGUCCAUCCCGGAAGAAAGCAAAGUUGGAAUAGAUACAGAGCCUGCAUCUGCUGUAACAUCUGUUGGAGGCUUGGUGGGUAUCUAUUCUGUUGACCUUCUGGUAGAUGCUACACCAGGCGUCAGCAACCUGUGGCUCUGGAGCCGCAUGUGGCUCUUUAACCCCUCUGCUGUGGCUCCCUGUCACUCAAAAUAUGCGUCACAACCGCCAAUGUGCGACACCCGCUGGCACGUGAUUUAUUGAGCUUUUCAACCCCCGGUAGGCCAACCAUGGAUAAAUCCAAGAAAAGGAAAGUUUCAGAAGAAAACAGAACGUUUAAUCCAACUACAUAUGCUAGUUUUGUGGCCGCUCAAGAAAUAGUCAGGCACGGGAAGGGUUUUUGUGACUCCCGGUGUUUUCUUUUCUGUGCGAAAUGGGUCCAAAUGGCUCUUUGCAUGUUUAAGGUUGCAGGCCCCUGUGCUACACCAUCAACCGCAUCUCAAUCCCCUUAACUGCAGAUUUGGGGGAGUAAAUGUUCAAUCCUUUCAAAACUCUACACUUCCAAGUUUUGAAGAACUCCAAAUAUCAACCCAGAAGAAUCAGAGACUGUUCUUAACAACCACUGGUAGCCUCUACUCUGUAAGACUUGGCUAAGAAUGAACUUGUAUUUUCUCCUUGCAAUGAGAGAAGUAGGAAAACCCUGUAAAUAUUUUGUGAUUUGUGUGGAAAUUGUACUGUUUGGUUUUGCUUUUGGGUUUUUUUUCCCCACUGGGGUGAUAAAGGCCGCUUCUGACAGAAA